GGAAUUUGUAAGGACAAAAACGGCGCAGUUCGGUCGUUCAUUUUCCUCUUCUAAACAUUUACAAUAUUUUCAAUUUCUCAGAGGCGAAAGUCAAAGGCAAAAGCCAGUUAUUUAUUACUCUCUAUAUACCGUGUUUAUUACAAGCUGGUAUAUGAGAGAUGGGAGCAUGACAAUUUGUAAAUGGCUCAUGAAAUAUUUUGUUUCCUGCCAAAAUAUCUUUCAUGAAUGACCUCAUUUAUCAGCAGUACAAAUUGCUGGUGAUUCUGAAGUAGGAUGACUGAGUAAAGCUGCUUCUCAACCAUGUCACUGACUUCAGACCUGGACAAAGAACUGGACAGUGCAUCAAUAAAUGUCUUGUCAACCUGGGAUGCUCCAAAAAGCUAUCAAGGCCUUGAUUCUGAUGGAGAGCUAUUACCAAUUUCCUCAAGUACAGUGUGUCUGAAUGAUCAAAGUACACCAGGACCAAUUCUUGCAGUUUUGGAUGCUUCAGAACCUCCUAAUGAUGUUGAAUUUGAAAAACAAGCAAUAUCAGCUCAACUAGUAUCAGAAACCCAAGAUGUGGCCCAGUCAGAUGCUGAAGUUACAGAGAGCAAUGGGUCCCAGUGUGAAACCUUGCCAACAACAGCUAAAACAAUCAUCAUCAAGAAGCCAAACGCCACUGUGUCUGUGUCAUCUCCUGCCUCUGCCGCUUCUCCCAGUGGCGGGAAGGUGGGAACUCCUCGCAGGCAACUGCAGCUGAUCUGUGAGAACGGCCGUGUGGUAGCAGCCCCUCUGGCCGUCGGUCGGCCGCACAGUCCAUCCAAGACACACACGUCGAGACCAGCCGCCUCAACCACAAUCGUGACCCAGAAGAAGCAGGAUGUGUGUGUUGUGUCCUCAGUGAUCGAUGCGCCCACCGCAGUUGGUAUGGAGGAGAGCGAUGGGACGUCGCAGACAGCGGAGCUGCUGUCCGGAACGCUGGUGUCAGACGAUGGCUUUGGUGAGACUGACUGGAUCAUUGACAUUGACGGCGAUGGCAGUGCUGAUGGGCAUCACUUGGAACCAAAGAAUGCCAAGGGCCUCAAGAAAUUAACUACGGUUGCCAAUGCCAUGGGCACCUUGGGUGCCGAGGAGACGACCCACACCACACGCGGCAGGAUAGAGGCCGUGCCGCGGAGGUCUCGGCUGGUUCUCGACAACGCUGGACCGCUGGCCGAUGCGUCCUCGGCAUCAGCCGUCCUCAGCGCAGUGGAGUCUGCCGCGGGCGCGGCGACCGCCGUCUCUCACGUCGUGUUCGAGUCGACCGGUCGCGCCGUGGGGGCGCUCGUCCCGGCACCUGGCACAUCAGACCAGGAGGGCCAGCAACCAGUGGUGCUCGCUGAGCAGGGCGAGCACCAGGUGGUGCUCGCUGGGCAAGGCGCACACCAGGUGGUGCUGACGGAGGCGCAGGUGAUGCGGGCGGCGCGCCGGAGUAAGCACCUGAUGCUGACAGGCCAGAAUGGUACCCACCAGGUGGUGCUCUCGGCCCAGCACGGGGACCAGCAGGUGGUGCUGACGGGACAGGACGGCGACCAGGUGGUGCUGACGCUGGACAGAGACCUACUGAGAUCGGCUGGAGCUGGCGACGGCGGAGACGUCGUUCUCCAGGUGGACGAGGCCGCCGACUCCGUCACCCUGCUAGUUACCCAACCAAAGAAGGAGGUCACUCGCGAGGUGAUCAACGACGUGGGAGAAGUCCUGGAGCUCUGGGAGCGCGACACAGGCGGCGCCGACCGCCUGCUGGGAAGCGUCACGGAAUCUAGUCUGGUGGACAUACGCGCCGUGUGCGAACAGUGCGGCUGCGUGAUCACCCACCACAUGGUGGGCCUGCUGGUGCGAGACGACGGGACGGAGUACGGGUUCCGGUGUCGACAGUGUCAGUGUGUUCACACAGACGUGGAUGUCAUGGCCAAACAUAUGGACUCGCACCGAUCGAUACCUGAUACGCAGUGCAGGUUUUGUUCGAAAGGUUUGCGCACAUUCAAGCCUCAGAUUGAGCGAGUGUUUCCGUGUCAUGCGUGUCAUCAGGUGUUCUUAUCAAAGCCAGAGCUGCUGAAGCAUCGAGAAACACAUCCGCUUAAGCAUCGGUUCCGGUGCGAGAUCUGCGAGAAAUCGUUUCCGGUGAAGGCUCAACUCGAGGUUCACCUGCGGACGCAUCUCGGUCACAGGCCUUACACAUGUGACAUGUGUCCGGCAGCGUUCACUCAGCCUAGUCAUCUCAUCAACCACCGGCGAACACACACCGGCGAAAGGCCCUACACCUGCAGGCAUUGCGGUCGGUCGUUUGUCCAACAGGGUCAUCUACGUGCUCACGAGCGGACGCAUACAGGCGAGAGGCCCUACAAAUGUGAGAUGUGUGGACGCGGAUUCAGACAAUCGGGCCAACUCUCGGCACACAAGAAGCUACACGAGGGAGAAACGCCGAUCAAGGUUCGCCGUCGUCAUUGGGAACCGUUGGCGCAGGAAGAGAUCACAUGCCAGGUAUGCAAGAAGGUAUUUAAACUGCCUAAAGAUCUUAAGAGGCACAUGGUCGUCCACGAAGAGGGCAAAUUCAAAUGUGAAACAUGCGAACGGACGUUUAAAAGAGCUGAUCAUCUGAGCCGACACAAGUUACAACACGAAAAGACGACGAAAAGGAAGAAACGGCGGCGAUCUGCAUCUCGAUGUGGACACCGACAAGAUGAGUCUCUGAACCAGCUGGAUCGUGUGAUUGACGGCAUCCUCGACCAGCGCAUCGAUGAGGAGUCUGAAGACGCCCACACAAAGCUGGAAGCCGACUUCGAUCUUAAGGUGGAGGAGGAGGAAGACGACUUCAUCGACUCAGAUGAAGAUGCGGAUGAUCUGGAGGACGCCAAUCUUCUCGGCGACAGCGCUGACACCAAACAGCAUGAUCGUCGCAGCCUUGUGUCGCGUGCCCCCAAAGACGCGCUUUGGUCUCAAGCAGAUAGCAGCGACGACACUCGCUGGUCCUCGUCAGCGCUUCGCAAGGAGCGAAAGCCCGACGAAGACUCUGAGUACGACCGUUCCAGCCGCCUUCGUGUUUCGUUCACAGAUGAUGGCGUCGACGAAGAGAUGGAGAUGCUGACGGAAGCGUUGAAAGAGCGAACUGACCGAGCAAAGUUAAAGAGAAGCCGUGCCACAAAACAGGAGCGCAUUGGAUGGACGGAACCAACCGUGAAAGAGGAACCAGCAGAAGGCUGGGGGUGGGAGCGUGACGGAGGAGCUGGCGACAGCCGAAGGAAAGACGACGCUGACGCGAUCUGGGCGGAAGGGAGUGGCAGUGACGCAAGUGAAAAGCAGACGCAAGUGGCAGUGGGAGUGUCCAAACGGCCUCGUGACUCGGUACCAACUGACUGGGAUGAUGUCUACCAGUCGGAGAAGGUAGCUGUGGCACCGUCCCGGGGAACGAAGGUGCGAGUAAAGGGGGCUACCGGAGCCGUUCUAACCCUGCGAACUACGUCACGCAGUACGGCUGGUAACCGGGCCGCCAAUGUCGGAGUCAGCCUUUCAAGGGCUCCGCAUCGCGAUGGAAAGCGCUAGUCGGACUGUAGUUGAACUUUCGUGAAACGGAAGGUAGUACAGGCUGUGGAGUUAGUGUUUGCGUAUCUGCUUGAUUGCGUGUGUGAAUCGGACUGUUUCUGAUGCUUUGUUUGAUGUGUUAUGUUUUGAAGCAUUAUUGAAACAACAUUGAUAAGGUGAUUUCUCUGCUACCAAUGAUAUGCAUCUCACCAGUGUUUCUCACCAAUAGUACAGUUAUCAGUGUUUCUGAUUGGUCAAUACCUAUUUCCUACGAUGUUACAGCCCAGAUCAACAAAAGUUCAUUAAAAUAUGAAUUGUUGGAAUAAAAUGUGUUUUGCAACAA